AUGCUACCUGGUGACAAAAAGUUUUUUAGCGAGGACAUCAAAGUCUACCGAGAUCACAUGCGAAAGCACCCGGAAAGUACCAACAUUGGGCAGGACAUUCUCUCCGAGUGGGCCGAUUUAUCGGGCAUCAACAAAACCGACUUGAUGGCUGAUAAUCCACUUUCUAAGGCUACGCAGUUGCAAACACUUCAAGAUAUACUCAAAGACGUAGAAUCGGACGCCAACUACCAAACGAUAACUCGCCAUGCAUUCGGAACAGUGGCAAUACUGCCGGACACACAGAAUCUUAUUGGUUUUGAUGUGAGCAUUGAAAAUAAAGGAGUUGACACACUGCCCGAAUCCUUCAGCGGACCAUUGCUGGUUAAUCAUCUGCUAAAUCAAGCAGAGCAUCUAUUUGUCAAUGAAAUACACGGACCAGAAGCAUUUGCCAGCUUCAACGGAAAGUACUACACUGGCCUGCGCGAUGGCCGAAUUGUUGAGGUGCUCCCUGAUCGGAUAGAGACCGUUGCCUGGCUUGACCCAAAGAAGGUCGGCCCUGAGGUGUGCAGCAAGCCGUACAAAUUUCAGUGUGGCCGAGCUCUAGGCCUUCGCUUUGACUCAAAGGGAACACUGUACGCGGUUGAUCCGCACCAUGGCGUCUUUGCCGUCAACGUGCAGACCGGCGCCAUCAAACUGGUUGUCGACACAAAGGAAAUCGGGGCCAAGUUUCUCGAUGACAUGGUGAUCAUUGAGAAGCCCGGCGGAGCAGGCAUGAUUUUCUACCUGAGCGACGUCAGCACUCGCUGGGACCUCAACCAGGCAAUGUUCUGCGCCGCAGAGCACGACCGAACGGGUCGACUGCUGAGCUACGACACGCAGACAAAGAAAAUGACCGUUGAGUACGAGAACCUCGCUUUUCCGAACGGACUUGAACUAACAGACGACAAAAGCGCCCUUCUCCUCUGCUCCAUCAACGACCGCCUGGUGUACCGGUACGGCAUCUCCGGUCCGGAGAAGGGCAAACUGGUGACCAUACUGGACAACCUGCCCGGAGAGCCAGAUAACAUCAAGCGAUCAGCGGAUCGUACUCGUGAAACCUUCUGGGUGGGCAUAUACACCGCUCGCAACAAACACCGGCCACACUUUGCCUUUGACGUGGUCGCCAAAAACGUUUACCUGACUCGGUUCAUUGUCCGUCUGCAGUUCAUUGUGGGCUCAGUGGUGGAAUGGUACGCCAAACUGGUCGACAGUGACUGUCUGCUUAAAAUUGGCGUUGGCUUUAAGUCGGGCCUCAUUCCGAACAUGGGCCACUGCGAGUACGGAAUGGCGCUGGAGAUUGACGCCAAGGGAAACAUUCUCAACUCACUCCACUCACCAGACGGCAAAACCUGCGCCCUUUCUGAGGUUUUUGAGAUGGAGGACCAAAAUGACGGACAGCGACGAUUCUUGCUAGGCUCGGCCACCAAUCCGUACUUGGGUCGUUUGAGCCUGCCAGUGAGUGCUUUCCGAACGGCUAGCAAGCUGGAGACAAAGCAAAAGGAAACGGUCAAACUCGGUGAAACACCAAAGCCGGUCAAAACAGUUGAAAGCACUCCAGUGAAAACAAAGACAGCAGAAAGCAAGCCACCACCACAGGCAAAGAAGACUUCACAGUCUGCCAAGGCAAGUCAGACAAGUGAAGCAAAGCGUGAUGAACUGUAA